AUGAAAAAUUUAAGAAGUUGUUUAUAAUCAGAAUAGGCUUAUAAGGAAAUAAGAGAAUAUAAGGAGAAUAUUGAGGAUGAGUAAAUAUAUUAUUAAUCAUUGUAGUACUACUUUAAGAUAUGUAUUUGAGACAGUGGAAGAAAUAAUGUAUAGUAAAUAAUCUGAACCUAUAGAGAUGGUUUUAGGAAUGAGAGUAAAUUUAUUGGUAUGAUUUAGCUGAUCAGUUUAUAAAAGAACUAAUGGAUCUACAUUAUGAGUGUGUAUUGGAUGGAGUAACAAAGAAUUUAAUAUUUAUGAUUGAAGAGAUCAUUAAAAGGGAUUCUAAGAAGAGAGAGAGAGGGAAAUAUUAUUUCAGUGAGAAUCCAGGUAGUUUAAUGUAGAGAAUUAGAUUAAAAAUUGAUGAUUUUGGGGAAUACUCUAGUGAGAUUAUCAUUGGAAAGUAUAUUUGUUUGGAAUUUAUGGCAUCCACAUAAUACAGUGAUCAAUUAAAUGUAUGGAGAGAUCUAUGAGUUAGAUAUUUAAGAUUGAAGGAAAGUGGAGUAGAGUUCCCUAAGUUACACUAUUUUAAUGCUUAGAAAGUCAAGGAGUAUUAUAUGGUAAUCAAAGAAAGUUCAAAGAAUGGAAGUUUAUAUAGAUAAUAAUCAUCAAUGCUUAAUGAAUAAUGUUUUGAUUAAUUAAAAAAGGUCAUUGAGAAAAGUUAAUUUAAUAAUGGGAAAUUACAUGAGAUUAAUGAAGAAUUAAAAUGUAAAUACUGAACUAAUUAUAGAAAUAAAAAUUGUUAAUGAAAAUCAGAAAGUUUUUAUAGAAAAUUUUGAUAAAGCUUAUUAAGAUUAUUUAGUUAAUAAAUAAUUGGAGUAAUUUAAUAAUUAAAUUCAUUCAAUGUAAAUUUGUAAAUUAAGUUAAGUUGUUUAGAAUAUGAUGAAUUCCAAAGUUAUUAAAAUAAAAAUAAUCAAUUAUGCAGUUAUUCUACAGAUAAAUAAAGUAAUCAUAUUUCAAGAACUGUUAGUGUAAUUUUCUAUUUAUAUAUAUUAUAGUAUUAAAAUUCUCAACAUAAAAAUAAUUAAUCAAUUGAAAAAUUACUUUAAGAAAAUGAUAUAAUAUAAGCUUAAAUUCAGAGUUUUGAAAUACCAAAAACUUCUACUAAAAAUCAAGAUUAAUAUUAAUGA